UUGCCUUGAAAUAGGGCAUCUGGUGGUUCAGCAAAGGAUUGUCUUGAAGAUUCUGGAUAAUCUACUCGGUAAGGUUGAUGACUAGGAGCAGUACGAAAACUAGUACUAGACAUACUUCUAUGUAAUUUAAUGGGGGGUUUUUGAAAUUGGAGAUAAACAUCUCCUUGUCGAGUCUGAAUAAUGUCAUCCAAGUUAUGACGUAUGAGUGGUCGAGGAAGGACAGCAUUAGUAAUUUUCCACUGUUCAGGGAAAGUAAUUUUAUCCCAUUCUAACAGUUUAGGGGCUGCAACCUGACUACUGUAAAGAUUAGUGUCGAUUAAGACAGUUUCACCAUCAAUUCCUUUUUUUCUAACAUAUGGAUUUAAAGUAGUUAAUACUUUAAGAUAAAUUCUGGAGAUGACAGAAAAAGGAGGGGAUCCUGCCAUGUAUUCGUACCCAUUAGUCAGAAUUCUGAAUUCUAAAACUUUAGAUAAAUUUUGGUCAAAAAGAGCGAUACUGAGGUUAGGAUAUAUAUCAAAAUAUACUGGACCAUGGGAUAAACUGGUUUCAAUUGCUCCCAUGAGAGAUGCUCGCCAAUUAAGGCACCUACAAGCCACAACAGCACCGAUGCUAUCAAGUCUAUAUCUAGGUCAAGAGCAGGGGGUAGCACCGUGACAUGGGGUGCCCAAGAAACUCAAUGACCCUUGUGCAGAAUCACUAGGGACUAGGAUUAGCAGCAAGAGUUGUGGGUAUCAUCAAAGUUGCUUCAUUCACCCUUUCGAGGUGGCUCCACUCUAAAAGAGCGAGACCUCCACAUGGAGGUGAUUUGGGACCACAAGCAAGCAACACAUGCUCUCCCUUUCCACCCUUCGGUGGUUCUGAGCCAUCUUUACAUCUACGACAAUUCAAAGUGGGCCCAUGAGCUGGCAACACUGCCCACAAGCCACUUACCCUGCAUUACUGAAGGAAGCACUUUGAUGUUUAGGAAAAACCCCUCAUCGACUUAACUAUUCUUUCUAUUGUUGUUUUUUCUCAUAUGUCCAUGAAGAAGUAGAACUCAUUCUCUCCAGUUUUUAGUUGCUUGUGCAAGUCAUUUAACACCUUUACACCAUAGCUCCACACUAAUUCAAGAGCAAAAAUAACUAAUUCAUCAAGCAGUGCAUACCAGCAUUAAUUGUAGUUAUGUUUUUUUGUUUGCGGGAAAACCAUGAGAUCAAACAUCUACAAUUGUUUUAAGAGGUUAUGGUAUACAAUAUUCUAAAACAAGGAAUUAGUGUGUGUUUCCAUUAUUAAAAGUUUCUAUUAUGAAAUUUGUUCAUCAAGUUACUUUCUCUCUCUUGUGUUCUUGAAUUUUUCUUCUUUUUUUAUUUUAUUUAAUGUUUUGGAUUUGGUGUUCUUAUAGGUGGUAUUCCUCGCAUCAAUGGUAUGAUAGAGAAGAUAAUACAUGUUCCCCGUUAUGUUUUUGAUUUUAUCUACGCAGCGUCACUCUAUUAUCUUGAAAGAGAAAACAUGAUUGGGUUUUUGAUAUGAAUGUUACUCUAUUAAUUGCAAUUCACGACACAUUCAUUCCAUCAAGAAGUAAUCACUGUCUUUGCAAGUGGCUAUUCCCAUCAAAUAUACCUCUUCACAAUCGACAUACCCGUUCACAAUCAAACUCUAAUUGGUUUGGUUUUAUUAUUGCUCCGGUAUUGAAGAGUCAAUUCACCUAUUGAAAAGAAAGUUUUGAAGCAUUUUAUGAAGUUGGGUGGUGAGGAAAAUUAGUCAUUUCCUUGAGACUUUCUUGAAUUAAUGAGGUUGAUAUAUAUAUAUAUAUAUAUAUUCUCAAUUUGAUUUGAUUAUGUUUCAAGUAAAUGAGUGGUCUAUAUUAAAACAUGUAUCACCUAUGUAAUACACAGUUAGGUCUUGUUUGGAAAUAAGUUUUUUUAGUAAUUUUUUUGACUUUUUAGCUAAAAUAUGAUAUAAAAAAAGGUUAAUGCCUCGGACCCCCACUGGGGGUGACCCACAGGGCCCCCAGUGGGGUGUGAUUGGUUUGUUUUUUUUUUUUUUUGAUCCAAUGACCCACCCCCACGUGUGUGUGGGAGUGGUUGGAAACUAGGGGUCUCAAACACAGCUCAUAAAAAACUAGUAUGUUUGGGAUGAUUUUUUAAUUUUUUACGAAAAGAUGUGCACAAAGUAGAGAGAAGGAAAUCCUUGACUUUUUGGUAUAGGUUGUUGGCUUUUUAAUUUUUUAGUGAUUUUUUGACUUUUGGACUAAAAGGUGAUGUUGCCAAAUGUAGAAUUAUUGGAAGAUUUAAUUAGUUUGAUGAUCUGUCAGCAUUAUUAGUGGCUAAGAUUGAGGAAAUCUAUAGCUAAUAGAUCAUUAUUUGGUCCCACGAUUUUAGGGGAUUCUAGUAGUCUGUUAUCAAAUUUGUAAAUAAGAGUUUCCUGUUUUAUUGCUUUCUGUUUUAGAUAAGUUUGAUUCCAUUCUAGGUAAGUUGUAAAUAUCCCUAUAAAUUAGAUGAGUAUUAUCAUCUAUAAAAGGGUGAAUGUAAUCCUUUAUUUGAUACAGUGGAAUAUUAAGUUUUUCUUCCACAGCAACAUGGUAUCUGAGCAUUCUCUGAACCCUAAUUUCCUCAUAUGACCAAAUACGGCAGAAGUGACUCUUCCGUUUCCCAAAUCACCUCCAAUCAAGAAGCCAUGGCUUCCAGCAACAGUAGUGCAGAUAGUAACCUCAUGCCCAUUACAGGACACAAACUGAAUGGGAACAACUAUCUCCAAUGGUCCCAUUCCGUAAUGAUGUUCAUAUGCGGAAAGGGAAAAGACGAUUAUCUCAAUGGAGUUGUUGCCAAACCAAACAAGGAUGAUGAGAAGUUCAAUAUCUGGAAUUCUGAAAAUAACAUGGUCAUGUCAUGGCUCAUUAAUUCCAUGACAAAUGACAUUGGAGAAAAUUUUCUUCUCUACGGAACAGCAAAGGAGAUUUGGGAAGCUGCUAAGGAAACGUAUUCUAACAAUGAGAAUACAUCUGAAUUGUUCGAGGUGGAAAGUGUUCUCCAUGACUUCCGCCAAGGAGAUUUAAUGGUGACUCAGUACUUCAACACACUCAACCGCUACUGGCAACAGCUGGACUUGUUCGAGGAGCACAAUUGGAGCUGUCCUGACGAUGGAAUCAGGUAUAGACAGAUUAUUGAACGGAAAAGAAUAUACAAAUUUCUGAUUGGAUUAAAUAAGAAUCUCGAUGAAGUCCGAGGGAGAAUCUUAGGAUCCAAACCACUGCUGAAUAUCCAGGAAGCAUUUUCAGAAGUUCGCAGAGAGGAGAGUCGAAAGAAGAUCAUGAUGGGCUCUCAAGAAUCUGUGACAAAUCCUGAGAGCUUAGCCCUUGUAGUUAGAGGAAAUCCAUACAACAACAAUGACAACAGACCAAAGAAAGGACGGCCAUGGUGUGAUCAUUGUCGACGUUCUGGUCACACCAAGGACACCUGCUGGAAAAUCCAUGGUAAACCUACAGAUUGGAAGCCUUCCUGGUUUGCCAAUGACAAAGAAGGACGGGGCAAUCUCGUCGCGGUGGAUGAAAAACCAUCAAUCGAACCCAUUCCCUUCAGCAAGGAACAACUAGAAGUAUUACAGAAACUGUUCAGCCAAUCAUUGCCUGCCACUGCCCCCACUGUGGUUGGUAUCGGUUCCUUGGCACACAAAGGUCUUGGACUCGGGAAAGAUGAUUGGCAGUGCUAAGAUGUGUUCGGGGCUUUAUCUUCUCGAGGUUAAUGAUCCUUUUCAAGGAGCAACUCACCAAUCUAAUUGUUCAGUGUCCAAUAGUCCUAGUUCUUUUUCUGUUAGUCGUUCUAAUCAUGAUAGUGCAAUUAUGUUGUGGCACUAUAGGUUAGGUCAUCCAAAUUUCUUGUAUCUUGAGAAGUUGUUUCCUUCACUAUUCCAUAAUAAAAAUCCAAAUGAGUUUCA